UAGAUAUACUGACCAGGGGCAGACUGACCAUUUGGAAACUCGGGCACUGCCCGAGGGCCUGGGGUCAGUAGGGGGCCCCAUGAGAUGCCCCUGGUACCUUUUUCAUAGUCUUUUUUGCGUUUGGGCAAGGACAUGGGCCCCAUUAUCCCCUAUUGCCCCGGGGGCCCCAUGAGUUGUCAGUCUGCCCCUGCUGCAAAAAAUGUGCAUUUAUUAUUUUUUUGUAGAAAGGUAAACUUAUCCUUUAAGGGCAGCUUCACACUACCCCACUGCGCUUUUGCUAAAGAGCAGCUAAUCUGC